AUGAGCUGGACACGGCCGUGGUGUUGGAGUUUAUUGGGCCUAGGCCUACUUGGUGCGGACUUCGUUCAGGCGGAGCAGUCCUGCACAGUGGAGGACGCCCACUGCAACGGAGAAGCCGCGGGGAAGCUGGACGAGGACGUGAAGGACUGCGGCUGCGGCUCCCUCGCUCGCGCGGAAGGCCGUUCAGAUGAGGUGCCUAAGGUGGCUUCUGCAACCUUGGCUGCCGCACUGUCCGCGAGUGCGAUUAGGCACAAUCAAGAGAUGGUCCAGAUCCCAGCUGGUCGUUUCCACAUGGGCGAUCGCAAGGAGCGAGUCCAUUUUCCCCAGGAUGGAGAGGGGCCAGUUCGCCCGGUUCGGAUGUCUGGCUUUUAUUUGGACACCUUUGAGGUUAGCAAUUGGAAGUUCUGGGACUUCGUGGUGGAGACGCAGUACGUCACGGAUGCAGAGCGUUUAGGAGACUCCUUCGUGGCAGAGGUGUACUUGUCGGAUGCUGUGAGCGCCACCAUCUUGAAGAAGGUGGAUGCAGUGCCCUGGUGGCUCCCGGUGCCCAACGCCUCGUGGCGCACGCCGGAAGGCGUCGACAGCGGUUUGGACGAAGCCUCUGGAAGCCGUUUUGGCGACCGCUGGAGCCACCCAGCAGUUCAUAUUUCAUGGAAUGAUGCCAAUGCAUACUGCCAUUGGCGCAAUGCAUCCCUACCCACGGAGGCACAGUGGGAGUAUGCAGCGCGAGGUGGCCUCGAGGGGAUGUACUACCCUUGGGGUGAUGAAAUGUAUGGCAAUGAGACCAAGGAGGAUGAAGCAAGAUAUCGGAUGAACAUUUGGCAGGGCCAAUUCCCCACGUUGAAUACAGCAGAAGACGGGUACAUCAAAACUGCUCCAGUGGAUGCUUUUGGACCUCAGAAUGACUGGGGAUUGUACAACAUGGUGGGCAAUGUCUGGGAAUGGACCAAUGAUUGGUUUAGCCCGGUGCAUUUCCUGACCGAAGAGAAUCAAGCGACGGGCUUCGUGGAUCCUGAAGGGCCCACGGAGGAGGAGCUGGACGAGCUGGUGGAGAGGGGAUAUGUCAAGAAGGAUGCGUCUGGAGCCUUCGAGAAGAUCAAGAAAGGGGGCUCCUUCAUGUGCCACAAGUCGCACUGCUGGCGCUACCGCAACUGCGCGCGGCACCACCUGCCAGCCGACAGCACCGCUCAUCACAUCGGACUGCGUUGCGCGAGAGCCAUGAGCGGCGCAGCCCUUGACAUUGAGUGA